UCAAGGUGACGCGCCAAUCGUUUUAUGACAUUUGACCUUCAAGUGCUCUGCAGAUUCCAACAACCGAGCGUUGCCUUUAACUUGUGCCCACCGAGCGAGACAAAAAUAAUCAGCAAUGGAUGCAAAAAAAAGUGGCCUUGAAUUUGACAAGACUGCUGAAAAAGUGGCUAUGGAACCAUAUAGUUACAUGUGUAGUACAAAUGGGAAAGGAAUUCGCAGUACAUUGGUGGCAGCUUUUAAUUACUGGCUAAAAGUUCCUGAAAGUGUUUUGAGUAUCAUAUCGAGUGUAGUCCAAAUGCUACACAACGCUAGUUUGGUUAUUGAUGACAUUGAAGAUGGUUCCCACUUCCGGCGUGGUAAACCAGCUGCUCAUUGUAUUUUUGGAGUCGCACAGUCUAUCAAUUCCGCAAACUAUGCUUAUUUUCUUGCUCUAGAAAAAUUAUCUCUACUAGAACGUCCUGAAUCGGUAAAAAUAUUUACAGAGCAAAUGCUUGUAUUGCAUCGUGGACAAAGUAUGGAUAUAUUUUGGCGUUCCUCUUUUAAGUGUCCAUCAGAAUUAGAAUACGAGGCUAUGGUAUUAUGUAAAACUGGUGGUCUAUUCAGUCUAGGUGUUCGUCUAAUGCAAUUGUUCUCUGAAAAUCAAACAGAUUAUAAACCUCUUUUGGAUGCGAUUGGUCUGUUUUACCAAAUUCGUGACGAUUAUGCAAACUUAGUUGAUUUAAGUUAUCAUAAAAAUAAAACGUUCGCAGAAGAUUUAACUGAAGGAAAAUUCAGUUAUCCUAUUGUUCGUGCCAUUAACGAUUAUCCUGAUGACAAUCAAGUGAUGAAUAUUCUCUCACAACAUACAACAGAUUCAUCAUUAAAACUAUAUUGUGUUAAACAUAUGUUAGAGUUGGGUGCAUUGGAACAAACCGUAUUGAAGUUAGCUAAGUUGGAAGAAAGAUGCAAUCAGUUAAUUGUGAAGUAUGGCAAUAAUCCCUUGCUUUCUGAGGUUAUCCAAAGACUAACUGAUCUACAUCGUACACCUGAUGGUCAUUUACGGUUUAUUACACCAAAGGAUCUUAACUAUGACUCAGAUCACAAUGAGAUAUCUAUUUCUAGUGGUCAUAUUAAUCCUAUUCCUAAAUGAGAGAUACAGGAAUAAUGAUAAUGGAUGUGAAAUAUAUAAAGAUUUAGCAAAUUAACUACACUUGUUUUAUUUCCAAUUAAUUGCGGGAAUAACAGAUCUAUUUAAAAGAAUUUAUUCGCAACACUUAUACUUAAAUAUGUGCAUCAGUAAAAUAUAUUCCACGAUAUUUUUUGUUAUACUACACUGAUGGAAUUGUCUCGUUUCAGUCUUUUGUUUACCUAAUUCUUUUGAAACUGUGAUGAUCAUUUUCAUAUCUGUAUAAUUUUCUGUUUUUUGUUCUUUACAUUUCUACUUAUUUGAUCUCUUCUUCUGUAUGUUUGUUUUGUAAAUUUCGAAACAGUUUAUUUAUAAUAACGAAAUAUUUAUUAAAAUGUCUCUGUUCUCUGUUUAUUUAGUCUAAUAUACUAAUUUUUGUGUUGUAAUCUGACCAGUUCUCUGUCAUAUAUCUGCGUAAUUCUUUUCUAAUACAGUCCGACAGUUUCACAUACAUACUUCAAUUAAAAAGCUAUUAGAUUUCGGGUGUUGUGUUCAAGCUGGUGACAUAAUAUGAAGGAAGUUUCAAUCGAUUGUCUAACUUUCGUGUAUCAUCGUUACAGUUUUUAAGGAGACUCUUGCUGGAGUUACGAUUGAUCCAUUACUAUAUUUUAUUGAUCUAUAAUAUAGCAUCACUAUAAAACCGUAGUCUUUUUUCGUUUACUAAAUGAACAUAACCCUGGUAACUCAGUUACAUUAACAUCUAUUUUACAGUAGAAUUUGAUGUAUCAAUCUGGUAAUUUGUACAGUAAUUGUAACUUUAUACAAUUGAUCGAUCCCUGAUUAGUGA